AUGUAUAAAAAACGAAAAAUUCUUGCGGAAAAUGUAUUGCAUCACUUUCUCUUUCUCUUCGGUACAACGAUGGAAGACGACGGAUUGAUAUUGAAUUUUGCUACUGGUACUACCACCACUCCAGCAGCCAAGGUCAAGGUAAAAGGAGGAAGAUGGAAAGAAAGAAGAAAACUACAACUACAAGGAAGAUCCACUGGCGUUAACAGUAUCCCAGUAGACGAAUCGAAAAGAAAACACCCUGUUGAAGAAAAGGAAACACCAGCGAAGCGUGUGAAAUUUACAGAAACCAAAGGUGAGUUUGGUGGGAAGAAUGAUUCAUAUGUGUCUUCGUUGUUUACCAACAGUGAGGUGAUUACCAGUAAACCAACCACCAAGGAAGUGACAUACUUGCCAUCAAAUGCUCCGAUCAAAGAUGCCACAACAUUUGCAGGUUUGGGAUUAAAUGACAAGUUGUCGUCACAUUUAACAGAACACUUGCGUUUCAAGUACCCUACCAAGAUUCAACAGUUGGUUAUCCCUAAUUUAAUUACUACCAAUCAAGAUUUAUUUGUCAAAGCACAAACAGGGUCCGGUAAGACAUUGUCGUUUGUAUUACCUAUGUUUCACAAACUUAUGAUGGAAAACAAGUACAAGAUUAACAGAGAGUCAGGGUUGUUUGGUAUUAUUUUGACCCCAACAAGAGAAUUGGCUACACAAAUUUAUGGUGUGUUGGAAACCUUAACACGAUGCCAUCAUCAUAUUGUCCCAGGUAUUGUUAUUGGUGGGGAAAAGAAAAAGUCAGAAAAGGCAAGGUUAAGAAAAGGGUGUAACAUAUUGGUGGCCACUCCUGGUAGAUUGGCUGAUCAUUUGGAAAAUACAAAAAACCUUGAUGUGAGCCAACUUAGGUGGUUGAUUUUAGAUGAAGGAGAUAAAUUGAUGGAAUUAGGGUUUGAAGAGACCAUUAGCAAAAUCACAUCACAGAUCGAUGCCAACAGCAAGAUUAACGAGACACUUGAUAAGUGGCAAGGGUUACCAAAUAAAAGAAUCAACAUGUUGUGUUCUGCGACUUUACAAAGCAAUGUCAAGAAACUCGGUAGUAUUGUGUUGAACAACCCAGAAAUGAUAUCAGUGGAUUCAUUCAAGAAUGUCCCAGGAACAAUCACAUUUGGUGAAACCGAAGAGUUGAGAAGUACUGCUCCUGAUCAAUUGGUACAGAAUGUGCUUGUUGUACCUCCCAAAUUAAGAUUAGUCACCCUUGACGCUUUAUUGGCAAAAGUAUCCCUGACAACAAUGGUGUUUUUUUCCUGUUCUGAUUCAGUAGAUUACCAUUUUGACGUGUUUACCAGAAGUGAGAAAGAGUCUACUGAUGAUGCCAAAGGGGUGGAUGCGCCAUUGCUUGGACCUAAUACUGUUGUUUAUAAGCUCCAUGGUUCCCUUCUGCAACAAGCACGUACUACUACAUUGCAAUCAUUCAUCAAGGAUAACACCACCAAAACCAAGAUCUUAUUCUGUACUGAUGUUGCUUCCCGUGGUUUGGAUUUGCCAAAUAUUGCCAACGUUGUUGAGUUUGAUCCGCCAUUCACCAUUGACGAUCAUUUACAUAGAAUUGGUAGAACUGCCAGAUUGGGUAACCAAGGUACUGCCACAUUGUUUUUGUUGCCGGGUAGUGAAGAAGGUUAUGUUGAUGGGAAGUUGAAAGUGGUGCAUCCAAAAGAAGGAAGUUUGCGUAUUCAAAACUACGAAGAAGUAUUACAGCAAGGGUUUGCAGAAGGUAGUGAUAAAUCAAAGGACAACAAGAUUGGGAAAUGGGAUAUCCAUGCCACGACCUGGCAUCUUGACGUUGAAAGAUGGUUAUUGGAGGAUCAAGCAAUGUUGAGCAAAGCCAUACAGGCAUUCACCUCACAUAUCAGAGCAUAUGCCACACAUUUAUCAUCUGAACGUGAGUUUUUCAAUGUCAAACUUUUGCAUCUUGGGCACUUGGCCAAGAGUUUCGGGUUGAGAGAAACCCCUAAAAAGUUGGGUAAAUCUGUGGGUAACAAUAGUAAUUUCACCGAAUCAAAGAGAGGCAAGAAGGAGGACCCGAAAAAGAAAAUGUUACGUAUGGCCAAGAUGGCUGUUAAAGCUUCAAGUAGUGAAUUUAAUUAUUAA